UUUAUACGCGAGCCAACGUGCCGCCGACUCAGUGCAAGGCAUGCGAUUAACAUGGUCACACAAACGGUACUGUCGUCAACGUGCGCAGCAUUCGACGACGAAUUCGUCAGCGGCGAAUACUACCUCGGCACGCGUGUUCCGCACCAGACAAAUGAACGGCAUGCGAGCUUUGACGACGCUGAUUUUAAUGGUAACUGCCAACUCGGCGCUUUCGUGGACAUGCCCUUCGGACUGUAUCUGUUUGUCGGCCACGCAAAUACUGUGCAACUCCGGACACCUGACAUUCGUGCCGCUGCGCGACUUGCCCAAGUCUGUCGAACACCUGUCGAUUACCAAAAAUAACCUGUCGUACUUGCCCACCGACGCUUUUACCGGUCUCCGGCACUUGCGGAAGCUGACGUUGGACAAGAACGGCAUACGCCGGGUGGACCGGUUCGCAUUCCGCGGACUCAGCCGGCUCCGGGAACUGUCCAUCCAGCAAACGCCGCUCGAGUCCCUGGAUAAGUUCUCGUUCGCCGGCCUCCAGAACGUGACGGCCAUUCUGUUGGGGUACAACAAGAUAAGCGUCAUACACGAGUUCGCGUUCGCCGGCACCGCCAACAUCAGGCUCAUACUGCUCAACAACAACCCGUUGCACACGGUGUCGGCUAAUGCAUUUUCCGGUCUAACCAACGUCGAACACCUCAUCCUGCCGUCGGGCAUCCAGCAGCUGCAGCCCGAUGCGUUCAAUGGCCUGGACUCGGUGGGCCUGCUGAAGCUGUCCUUCAUGGACCUGACGUCGUUGAAGCCAUACACGUUCCGUGGCCUCAACCACGUGCACGUGCUGUCCAUCCAGGACUCAGACCUGGGCGUAAUCCGGGCGGACGCGUUCACAGGCCUAGCGCACGUCGGCAGUCUCAACCUUUUGAACAACAAGAUCGACGCGGUGCAGAGCCUGACCGUGACCCGGGACAACCGCAUCCGGCACUUCCGGUUCAACGGAAACCACGUGCUGGACAGCCCGCGCCGGGGCACGUUCUCCGGGCUCGCUUCCGCCGCCCCCGACGGGUUCACCGUGGUCGGCAACCACUUCCCGUGCGACUGUCACCUAUUCCGGUUCCUGGACGGCCACCCGUUCGGCAACGAGUCCCGCGACCUGUUCACCGGCAAGAACUAUUGCAUUUCGCCACUGGAGCUGAACGGACAGCCCGUCGCCGUCGUCGAUUCCGCGGUCGUUGAAAAGUGCCUGCAGACGUCUGUGGCCGCCCCGCCGAGGACCCGCGGCGGCGUUACCGCGACUGCGGUCCUGGUUGCAGCGGUGGUCCUCGCGUCGACCCGUUCGUUCUUGCACGACUUAACGGUGUGAUUCAGUUCUAGGACCGUCCGAAACCAUCGCCGUCUAUUACAGGCAAAAUCUGUCCAUCGAAUACUGUUGAUAUAAUAUUUUAUUUAUAUGAUUAUAACAUUAGAGAUAUUGUUAUAACAUAGACUUAUCGUCAUAUGCUAACUGCUAAAGUUAAAGCCAAAAGAUCGUUUUUUUCUUUAAAUUUAUAAUAUUGUGUAUAAUUAUUAUCAAGCGAACCUCAAAAGUUGCGUUUAACGACGUCGGACGUAGAGUGCACGCCGUAUGGUUUCCAGCGAAUUCGAAUCGAUAACUAUAUAGGUAGGU